AUGCUUCUGGCGCGAAUGAACCCGCAGGUGCAGCCGGAGCUCGGCGGGGCGGACCCGCUGCCUGAGCAGCCCCUACGCCCCUGCAAAACCGCGGAUCUGCUGGUGGUGAAGGAGCGUAACGGCGUCCAGUGCCUCCUGGCGUCCCGGGACGGUGACGCGCAGCCCCGGGAGACUUGGGGCAAGAAGAUCGAUUUCCUGCUGUCUGUGGUCGGCUUCGCAGUGGACCUGGCCAACGUGUGGCGCUUCCCCUAUCUCUGCUACAAGAAUGGUGGUGGUGCCUUUCUGAUCCCAUACACGCUGUUCCUCAUCAUAGCUGGGAUGCCAUUGUUCUACAUGGAGCUGGCUCUGGGGCAGUACAACCGGGAAGGGGCAGCCACGGUGUGGAAGAUCUGUCCUUUCUUCAAAGGAGUAGGCUACGCUGUGAUCCUCAUUGCCCUCUAUGUUGGCUUUUACUACAACGUCAUCAUUGCCUGGUCACUCUACUACCUCUUUGCGUCCUUCACCUUGAACCUGCCCUGGACCAACUGUGGCCAUGCCUGGAACAGCCCCAACUGCACUGACCCGAAACUCCUCAAUGCCUCGGUGCUGGGAGACCAUACCAAAUACUCCAAAUACAAGUUCACGCCGGCUGCAGAGUUUUAUGAGCGUGGUGUCCUUCACCUGCAUGAGAGCAGUGGGAUUCAUGACAUCGGCCUGCCCCAGUGGCAGCUGCUGCUCUGUCUGAUGGUCGUCAUCAUCGUCUUGUAUUUCAGCCUCUGGAAGGGAGUGAAGACGUCGGGAAAGGUUGUGUGGAUCACAGCUACCCUGCCUUACUUUGUGCUCUUUGUGCUCCUGGUCCAUGGUGUCACACUGCCUGGUGCCUCCAAUGGCAUCAAUGCCUACCUGCACAUCGACUUCUACCGCCUCAAAGAGGCCACGGUAUGGAUUGAUGCCGCAACUCAGAUAUUUUUUUCCUUGGGGGCUGGAUUUGGAGUCUUGAUUGCAUUUGCCAGUUACAAUAAAUUCGACAACAACUGUUACAGGGAUGCCCUGCUGACCAGCACCAUCAACUGUGUUACCAGUUUUAUUUCCGGGUUUGCCAUCUUCUCCAUCCUUGGAUACAUGGCCCAUGAACAUAAGGUCAAGAUAGAGGAUGUUGCCACUGAAGGGGCUGGCCUUGUGUUUAUCCUGUAUCCAGAAGCCAUCUCCACUCUGUCAGGAUCCACGUUCUGGGCUGUCCUGUUCUUCUUGAUGCUUCUGGCUCUGGGUCUGGACAGCUCAAUGGGAGGCAUGGAAGCAGUCAUCACAGGACUGGCGGACGACUUCCAGGUCCUGAAGCGACACCGAAAACUCUUCACCUUUGGUGUCACCAUAGGGACCUUCCUUCUGGCCAUGUUUUGCAUAACCAAGGGAGGGAUUUAUGUCGUGACUCUGCUGGAUACCUUCGCGGCAGGCACCUCCAUUCUGUUUGCUGUGCUUAUGGAAGCUAUUGGAGUUUCCUGGUUUUAUGGUGUGGACAGGUUCAGCAAUGACAUCCAACAGAUGAUGGGCUUUAAGCCAGGCCUGUACUGGAGACUGUGUUGGAAGUUCGUCAGCCCCGCCUUCCUUCUGUUUGUGGUGGUGGUCAGUAUCAUCAACUUCAAGCCGCUCACCUAUGACGACUACGUCUAUCCUCCCUGGGCCAACUGGGUUGGGUGGGGCAUUGCCCUCUCAUCCAUGAUCCUGGUACCCGCCUAUGUCAUCUACAAGUUCUUCAGCAUUCGGGGAUCCCUUUGGGAGAGAGUGGCCUAUGGCAUCACGCCGGAGAAUGAGCACCACCUGGUGGCCCAGAGAGACGUGAGGCAGUUCCAGCUGCGGCACUGGCUGGCUAUCUGA